AUGGAAGCAAUCCAGUCUCCUCGGCAAUUCUGCUGGCUCACAUCGGACCGCCGGAGCCUAGUAGUAGGCGUCAAAAUCCAGUAUAUCUAUGAAACUGCCACUUGGGACUCCUUCAGGGAGGUUAACUUUGAGGGGGUUUCUGAGAGAAUCAUCGCUACAGAUCGCAGGGGCGGACUACCUUGGUCUGUUCCCGUUGUCCACAGGAUUCGAAUUCCUGAUGAACAAUACGCACAAUUUCGAUGGUUGGUGCAAGUGGAUGCUGCGCUGCCUUACUUAUGGUAUGGUGACAGUGAUAAGCCUGUUGGAUACCACGAGAACCACAGUGGUGAUAUUUCCGAAUGGAAGAUCAGCAUCGACGGUUCGCAAAUUGAAAAUGGGGAGUAUGUGUGGGCGAUUCUGUCUGCGAUCAUUAUUUUGGUCAAGGAGCAAUGCGACGCGGUUUAA